ACGGGUCAGCGCAGUGCACAGAGCGCCCGCAGGCGAAGCCACGCCAGAACGGUCAGCCGAUGUAUGCAGAUUCUAUCAUAGAAGUGUUGAAGAAGAACUACGUCUACCUGUCAGGUGGCAGAGACAGGUAUGGAGGGCCAGUGCUGACGUUUCCUGCACAACCUGAUGGACUGGACUUGAGCAUCUUGGAUCAUGAAAUUGCAACGGCUGUUACAUAUCUUUCCACGAUUCCCUGGAAAGAAUCGAAAGAGUCAGGGUUCACAGCCAUAAUUGACAUGCGAAAUUCAUCAUUUCGUGCGAUCAAGCCUCUAUUAGAAGUAUUAGAGGAGUGUCUCCCUCAUCGAUUGCACAACGUGCUGAUUGUGAAGCCAGAGCAAUUCUGGGAAAAGCGCAGACUCAGCUUCCGCAGAGAGAGACUGCAUCUAAGCUUUGAGCCACAAUUUAUAUCAGUCAGCAAGCUAACCAAGUACGUUGACCCUGGACAGCUUACCAAGGAAUUUGGUGGUUAUCUCCCAUAUCGACAUGGAUAUUGGCUUUCUAACAGAGUGGAGUACGAGCGAUUCAUGCGGGAGGCAAAGGACGUUCACAGGAGACUGGACCGCGCCGACUUCGAGAUUUGCGAGCAGCUUGUGACGAAGAAGACGGCUCAUGAGGACCUGCUGCACUUCCACAAGGACCUACACAGCUUCAUCGUCAACGCACCCGAGGGCAUCAUACAUGCAGGGAAGCUGCUGCUCGAGAAGCUGCAAUUCGACUCGGAGUCGGGAUUCCGCAACACGGACGUGACGGACACGCUGGACAGCCGGGCGAUGCGCGUCGACGUGCGCCGCCUCAUCGAGCGGCUCUUCAACAAGAAGCGCAAGCUGCAGGAGUACUGGGAGGACCGCGCCGAGCAGCUGCAGUACAACCUAGACGUGCGGCUGCUGCAGCAGGGCAUGCAGAAGGUUAUAGACUGGAUUGUCGGACCAGGUGAAAAAAUACUGAAGCUUCCUAUCGAUAUCGGUGAUUGCUACGAGGUCGCCGAGGAACUGAGGAAGCAACACGAAGAGAUGGAGAUGGACUGCACCGACGUGUACUCAAGCUAUGCGGAUCUGCGACAUCGGGCCGGCAUGUUGCUGCAGCAGGAGGAGGGCGGGCACGAGGACAUACUAGCUCUGAAGCAGUACAUGGAUCUCGUGUGCAGGAGCUUUGCCUUCAGGCUGGAGAGGCGGAGAAACCUCGUUGUAGCGUCAGCCCGCUUUCACAAGCUCGUCAAUGAGCUGUCCAAGUGUUUAGACGACCUGCUGGAAUUUCUGUGCACCGAGGCGUCCGUUGCAGAUGUGCCCAGCUCAGAGGCAGCUGUGCUAGCACUCAACGAAAAACACGACAUGGCACAAAGGACGGCUGAGAAUUUAGUCAUUGAAGGUCAUUCGCUCCUGUCCAUGAUGUCAACCAAUGUGUUUGAUGCUUUUGGAAAUGACGUCACUCCUGAUUUCAUUAAGCAGAUUGAUCACGUGGAAGGUAUUCUGAAUGAGCUUAGUGACAGAAAGGCACGUUGUGACGAACUGGCGGAUGUCCGCAAGCUCAAGUUACAGCAGAUCCUACAGUUGAGGACAUCAGAAAGAGAUGCCAACCAGGCUGUGACAUGGCUGUGGGAACUGUGUGAUGUCCUAGCAAGCACACAUAGACACAUUGGCACAACAGCAGCAGAGGUCAACGGACUCAAACUCGAACAUUUCAAGUUUCAAGAGACAGCAAAGAGCACGUACCACUACGGCAAGAAGCUCUUGGAUGCUGCAGACAUGCUGAGGAAAUCAUGCAGGCAGGACUCUGCACCCAACCAUGAACUGAAGCAGCAUUUGCACAGGAUCUGGCGAAAGUUCUGUAGUGGUUCCACAGAGCGAACGGCUCGUCUGCUUGUCGCUUAUGUUUUCCACAACAAUUCUGACAAGUUGUGUGCAGCCAUAGAUCAUUUGAUGCAUCUGAUCAAGGUGCAGACGAGAGCCCAUGGCUUUGACCUAACCUGUAUGGUUGUAAGGGAAUACACUCUCACGAAGGAUAGACUUAUUAACGAACUCGUGGAAACGGUCAGAAUGGGUUUGGCCAUCAGAAAGCGACUGGAAGUACCCAUAUUUGAAGAUCUGAAGAAAGCGAGCGAGGUUGGUGAGGACGACGACACGUCGGUCGUAGGCAUCGACAAGAAGCUCAGCAAGCUGACGAGGAAGAAGGAGAAGCUCGAGUCGAUCUGGUGCGACCUGGAGGAGGUCGAGCGCGGACGCGCCGAGACGCAAACGAUGCUCGGCCACCAGGCGGCGCCGGACGACCGCCGCCGCCGCCAGAUGGCGACCUCGACCGGAAGCCUUCCCGCGUACCACGCUGCCGCCGACGGCGCGCCGAUGCUGCGGUCGCGCUCGCAGGACGCGCUGCCGCCGACCGACGCGAUGCCAGCAGGGGGCGCCGCAUCGUCGUCGCCUCGGUACGCCGUGCUGCGCAUCCCCGGUCCGGAGGGGCCGCUCCCGGAAUCCGCGCCCGAGGGAUCCUCCCUCGGGAUGGUCGCGCGGGCGGUCGAUCGACCGGAGGGGAACCUCGUACAGCACAUGGUGCGCGACAGCUACCGGAAGCUGAUCAACUCGGACCUGCCGCUCUCGGCCGCCUCCGACGAUGACAAGAAGAAGUUCGAGUACCUCGAGGCGUUCCUGCGGCACGAGGGAGGAAGCCUCGCGAAGCCCGACGCUCGGCUGCUGCUGCUGCGGCGAGGAGACCCCGCGGUUGCCGCCGGCGACGACGACGACGACGAGACGGUCGCGAAGCUGCGGCAGUCGGUCGCCGACGUCGAGAAGUUUCUGUCGAGCCUGAUCCGCAAGUCGGAGCGCUUCGAGAGCGAGCAGGGCGAGAGCGAGCCUCCUUCAUACAGCCGCCUCGCGCGCACGCCCGAGUCCAUGCGCAGGCUGCGCAAGUCUCCAGAGCGAGGCGUCGACGCGUCCUCCGCCACCGCCGCCGGAGUUAAUCCGGAUUUCCGGCCGAAGCGGCGGAGACUCGAUGAUGCGCUGUGGGCGUACAACAACGAGCCGCCGCACGCCGCAGGGCAGGAGCUGCGUCGCGAUUCGCCGGCCGACCACGUGAUCAUCAUCGGCGGCAGCGACGACGAGGCGGCGCGAACGCCGGAUGCAGCCGCGCCGCCGAGGGUCGACCCGAAGCCGACGGGCGAGGAGAUCGCCGCGGCGACGACGACGACGAUGGAAGGCGUCGAGGAGGGAAGAUGGCCGUCGCCGCCGCCGGCGUCGAUGACGUCGCCCGAGGAGGCGUCACCGGACGUGACGCUGUCCUUCGAGGAGCAGCAGGUCGCGGCGAAGAUCGCAGAGAUCCUGGCGACGCGCGACGACGACGACGAUGAUGGUGGCUCCCCCUGUCGCUACCAGCCGUCAGAGGUGAGCAGCGCCGGCGCCCCCGAGUGGGCGUCGGAGCGAACCAGCUUCGGCGCGGUCGCGGACGACGAGGAGUUGUUACAGGAAGCUUCCCCGAUCCCCAACGAGUCGCCGACGGAAGAACCGGGAAUGCUGAACAUAAGCGGGAAGAUGUCGGAAGACGCCUUCAUCCACGAUACGUCACAGGAAGAUUCCCUGGCAUACGUCGACGUCUCGGCAGGAGCAUCUCCGGCAGUUGCUGUGGAUGCGCGCUCACGUCGGACGCGCGGGAAGCCACGGGAAGAUUCCCCGACCGACGUCGAAGCGUGGGAACCUUUCGCGGGCGACCAGUCGCGCGAGAGAACAGCGAUCCCGUCUGACGUCGCGACGAGCGAGAAGGAAUCCGCGGGUGGAAAGAGAAUCGUACCGACGUACAGAGUAGUCAAGUUAGUGGAGCCGGGUCGAGGAGAGAAGCUCUUCGAAGCUCGGCGCGCGGAGUCGUUGCGAGCUUUCGAUCGCCACGACGAUGACGGGGAUGUUGAGAUGGACGUCUUCGAAGACUUUCCGCCACCGCCGCCGCCUGAAGACACGGCGGACGCGGGGGCGCUGCGACUGACGCCGGCGCCCUCGCUAGAUGGCGCCACCGCGUCCUCGCCACGCGCGAUCUCCGCGUCCGACGAGCCGGGGAAACUCGACGAGACGGACGCGGGCCGCGGAGGCGUUGUCACGGCGACGGUGGACGCGGUCAGCUUCUGGAGGAGAGCGACGGACGACGUCGAGCGACUGAUCGCCGUCGUCGAGGGCGCGGUCGGGAGGCUGAGCGAGACAAUCGACGAGAUCCACGGUCGCCGUGACGACGGGAAGCCCGGCGCAGCACAGGGCGGGACAGUGGAAGAGGAGUCGGAUGCAGGAGUAGGGCGUGCAGUUGGAGCCGGUGAUGCUCGGCGAGGCGCGGGUGAGGACGUGCAGUCGUACGAGGGCAGAGAGGAGUCGGCCGCCGUCGACGCAGAUGCAACCGUUUCUGAUGAGGACAUGAGCGGAGAAUGGAUACGGGUAAAGAUCCACCAGAUGGAGCCAGACAUGCUGACGGUUGGCUCCACUCUGCCAGAAGCGGUACAGUUACGUGACCAGCACGAUGAGAUGCUGGCCAAGUUACAGGCAAAACAAGAAAACGUAGUUGAGCUGCUAGGACAGGCAGAUACCCUUAUUCACGUACAGAAGGAACAGAAAGCGAGCGAGGUUUACCAGGCGAUGGCAGAGUCACUCGGCGAUGCGUGGAAGGACCUGAAUGCGCAGUUAGAACUGCGCAAGGUCCUUCUCGAUCAGUCCGUAGCGUUCCACCAGAAGGCAGAUGACUUUCAGGACAGGAUGAAUCAGGCACAGGAGAGCUUCCAGACGGCUCCCCUGGCCGAUGACGUCGAUGCAGCUGCAAAGCUCAUCCAGCAGCAUCAAGAACUGCGCAAAAUGAUCCUGGAGUCGUCGAUGCACACCCUCAACGAGGGCCAGUCGCUGCUUGACAGCAUCCGCGAGAUCGGCAGCCACUCGGAGAUGUCACAGAACCGACACGCGACGACGGCGGCUUGCUACGGCAUCGAGAAGAUGCUCGAGCAGCUGCAUGACCGCAGGCGCCGGCUCGAGGAGCUUUGGCACCGCAAGAAGAUCCAACUCGAACAGUGUCUGCAGCUGCGACAGAUCGAGCACGACGUGCGCCAGAUCACAGAGUGGCUGGCCAAGAAUGGAGAAUCCUACAUGGACAUGACAGAUCUUGGGGAAUCUGUUAACUCUGCUGAGCAAUUGCAAAACCAACACAAUGCCUUUGAAUUAGCUGCCAGAGAAGUUCAAGACCGUGUGUUCAAGGUAGUGCGAAAUGGAGACCAUCUGAUACAUGCGGGUCAUCCCAACUCGCCUGAAAUUCAGCAGAAGACCGAUGCGAUGGCAGGCCAGUGUGAGCAGUUUAUGGAACGGCUGGAUGACAGGCGAAGAAACCUAGCCAUGGUUGUUGCCUUCUUCAAAUCAGCUCACACGGCUCUGACGAAGCUUGACCAAAUUGAGGUGCAGUUGAACGACAGAGAGAACCUACCCACAGAGAACAUUGCGGCUCUUGCCGAAGUCCACUCCAUGCUGGCGAACGCCAUCGUGGAAGUGUCGGCGCCCGCGCUGCGCGAGGGUCAUAUCUUACUCGAGAGGGUCGGUAAGACUGAUCCGGGCGCUGGCGGCGUCGUCAGCAUGGUUGCGAGACUGGAAGAGCACUGCAAAAAGAUAGAGAGCCGGUGUGAGGCACACAAGCAGCUAGAGUCACAGAGGAGUGCUAUCCAGAAUGCUUUCCAGGAAAGAUACAACAAGCUAAACAACUGGUUAGUGAAUGUGGGUCAGGCAUUCCUUGCUUCACAUCAUGACAUGGGCAGUGUGCACUCCACUGCGAAGGACUUUUUAGAACUACACGAGAGACUAGCAAAGGACAUAAAGGAAACCGACGGCCUAGCCCAGGAGCUGGGGAGCGUCACCGAGGACCUGGUCAAGUCAGGGGACCAGGCCGCGGCCGACGCCCAGCAGAGGGCCGGCGCGCUGCAGCAGGCCUGGUCGACGUUCGCGCAGCGCGUGGACGCGCGCAUUGGCGUUGCUCGUGUCUUUGUCGAGUUCCACCGCUCGGCUGUGCGACUCGCCACCGAGAUGGACUCGCUCGAGGACAUGCUGAAGAACACGGCUGAGCACGCCGACGUGCUGCCAGACGGAGCGGUGCUGCACGUCGAGGACAGGUGGCGCCAGGUGCAGCAGCUGUAUGCGCAGCUGCGCCAGACCGCCGAGCAGUUCUUCGCCGAGUCUAGUCAAGUACAAGAUUCAGACCUGGAUGUUCCGAGAGCUCGAUCCUGCGUCACGGCGCUGACCGAGCACUUUAACGAACGGGGCGAAUCACUGGACAAGAUGUACACGUCGUGGCAUACACACGUGACGGCACACAAAUUGUUCAAGACACAGUGGGAGCAGUUCAUGAUCGAAGCUCGAAAGGCAAUAACUAACACGAUGGAGAUGGAGAAGCAACCGUUUGGCCCCAACGUUGCGGCAGACCUCAGCAAAGGUCUGCAGGCGACGGAGGAGCAAAAUCGCAUGCUGGAAGAGUUCAUGCCACAGGCACAGAGGGCGCUGCAGGAGCUGGAGACGAUGAUCAGGAUGGCGGAUUCGCUCGGUGCUCAGGGCGACACGCACGGACAGAAGGAGCAGAUCGUCACCGAACUACUGAAGGUCUACAAGCGCUUCCAGGGCCGCAUCACCGAGUACCAGAUGCUGCUUAAUCUCGCCAUCACCUUCUACAAGAAUCUCAACCAGGUCGAUGCCGUCAUCGCUGAUCAGGAGCGCGACUUCAAGUCGGAGGAGUGUCCGAUUGAGGUGUCGCAGGCACAGAUCAUGCUGCAGCAGCACAUCGCCAACAAGGACGGCAUCAGGAACAUGUUCCAGCACACGUUCAACGACGGAGAGAAGGUCGUGCAGAGAGUCAGACAACAGGACUUUGGAGAAGUGUCUAUGCAAGACGUGCAGGGCAUUCUGGAGCUGACAAAUGACAAGAGAAAGCGAUGGGAGUGGCUAUGGGAUCAGAGGCAGAAGCAACUGACACAGAAUCUGAAACUCUGUACACUCAAGAAUGACUUUACCAGGAUUACUGGCAUGAUAGAUGACCUGGAUGGCCAGAUUCAAGCCAGGAAGGGACAGUAUGGAACGUCUGUACAGUCUGCAAAGAUGACUUCUCAAGUUUUCAUUGAAUUCCAGAAGACACUCGAGCUGCUAGAGGUGCAGAUCCAGAAGUUCACGAGCACGGCGGAGAUGAUGAUCUCGGACGGGCACUACGACGCGCCGGCGAUCCGGCAGAACGUCACCGAGCUGCAGCGCAAGUGGAGUCGCUUCCACACGACGAUGGGCGAGCACAAGAUGCUGCUCGACCUCAACGUCACCCUGCAGGAGCUCAUCGAGGAGACGGAGAGUUGGUGCAAGCACGCGAGCAUGCUGCUAGUGCAGGUGGGCCGCAUGUCGACCGAGGUGAAGACGCCGGACGAUGCCAACCAUCUCAUACACGAGGUGAACAACUUCCUAGAGCCGUCCAAGCACCAGCAACAGGACAGAAUCAACAAGAUCUCGGAGCUGUCCGUGCAGCUGUAUGGAAACCAAGGUCCAGUGAUGGUUGAGCCGAUAGUCGUGAAGAACAGAGAGAUCAUGGAAAGUUUCUGGAUGAUUAACACGGAGCUGAACAAAUUUGUCACCAACCUGCAACAGCCACAAAUAAAACCGGAGAUUCUUGAGUCGAUUGAAGAGGUCCAUGUACCUGGACAAGAGGUAGAGUUUAUAGUUGGUAUAACCGGUCCCGGUGGCGAGGGGGCACCCGCGCAGGAGCCGUCGCAGCACAUGAAAGAAAUGCAACAGAUGAUGGAGUCUGCAAUGCAGACGAUGCAGCAAGAGAUGACAGUCGAAGAGUUUGUGGACUCUACGCGCGUGGAACACCAGCAGCAGCCUGUGCAGGAGCCCGCGACAGAACCCGGUGCAUAUUUUCCUGUGGACACAGCAGAAUUCAUAGUUGGUAUUACGGCAAUGCAAGAGCAGCCGCAGCAAAUGCCCGUGUCAGAGGUAGUCUCACAGACAGAUGUCACUAGACAGGAGACUGUCACUAGGCAGGAGACUGUCACUACCGAGGUGACAACGGAAACACAGCAGCAGAUGCCACAGCAGUUCGAGGAGGUUCAAUUCCAAGUAGGCUUCCAGGCAGAACCGAUGGUGCUGCAACCUGCUGCACAUCCACAGAUGCAGACUGCUCCAGAGCCACAGAGGUCAGAGCUUGAAAUUCAGAAGAAGCACGAGCCGGUGGAGUUCAUGGUCAAGAGAGAGGAGCCCACGGAGUCGAUGCAGCAGCCCUUGCCGCAGGCAGGCUUCUUCACUCAUCAGACAACCAUGCAGGCCGAUUUGGAGGAUCAGGUGCAGCGACAGCCAAUGCCGUCUAUGCAACGGCAACAGCUUCCCCAAGCUGGCAUAACUUCUACUGUACAGAUACCGCUCAGGGGCGCUGUAGUCACAGAGGUAGAGACCUCUGGUGACGAGUAUCGGACGCAGUACGACGAGGAGGUGUAUAGGCAGCAGCAUCACAGCCACGUGACGGAAGACCGCACGGUGCACGUCACCGAGGAGUACGAGAUCGUCGUGAAGCCACAGCGCCCCCUUGCUGUCGGCGCCACGCAGGCGCACGAGCCGGCGGUGCCGCGAACGGGCUACAUCACGAGCGGGUACACGACCGAGACGGCUCGCGUCGAGGAGCCGGGAGAGAUGCGGCCGGCGCCGCAGAAGUACAGGCAGCAGUUGCCGCAGGCCGCCGUCAAGGCGACGACCAAGGUUCCCGACCGGGGCAUCUACUCCGAGCCCGAGAGCGAGGGUGAGGAGGAGGACGUCGCCGACUAUAUGCACACGAGUAAGAGGAAGCGGCACUACGACGAGGAGAUACACCGGGACGAGCAUCACAAGGUGACGACGGAGGAGCGCGAGACGCACGUCAAGGAGGAGUACGAGAUCAUCAUCAAGCCUCAGCCCCGCGAGGCACCGCAGCCGCAGCCCGAGGCCAUCGAGGCGCCGGAGAUGUACCGGCAGCCGCUGCCGCAGGCCGGCAUCGUCACAGCGGGGUCGUCACCGCAGACGGCGCGCCGCAUGUCCCCGGCCGAGGAGCGGCCGCCGGCGAAGAAGUUCAGACAGCCUUUACCUCAGGCCGGCGUGUUGGGACAGACCAAGGUCCCUCAACACGGAGUAGUAUCCGAGGUUGAAAGCGACCAGGAAGAUAUGUACAGUGAAAAUGAGAGACUAAUCAGUGAUUUAGAAGAAACGUUUCGCACAGAGCACCAUAAGGUUUCGACGGAAGAGCACGAGAGGAGAAUCAGGGAGGAGUACGAGGUGCUGGUUAGAGGCACGCCUCUCCAGCCCAUCGAAGCUGCUGAGACGCGCGAACGAACCGUACCAGAACGCGGCAUCGUCACCCCGGCGCGGCCAACCCACCAGCCGGAGGUCGAAGAAGUAGGCGAGCUCCACCUCGCGCCACAGAAGCACAGGCAGCAGCUGCCGCAGGCGGGCAUCAUGGGGAAGACGAAGGUUCCCUCGCAGGGCCACCUCUCAGAACCGGAAAGCGAACCAGAAGAGGAGUUCCUCGAGCCGGAACGUACGACAACCGUCGACGAGCUGCACCGCAGCGAACACCACAAGAAGACGUUCGAGGAACAUGAGAAGAGGUUCCGCGAAGAGCUGGAGGUUGUUCACCGGCCCGCCGAACCGCACGACGCUCCCGCGCCACACAAGCAGCCCUUCCCGCAGACGGCGACUCUCGCUGCCGCCCCGACCCCGCUUGCUGCGCGAGAGGAGGAGCUCGGGGUCCUCCACCGUGUGCCGGAGAAGCACAGGCAACAGCUGCCACAGGCAGGCAUCAUGGGAAAGACGAAGGUUCCCUCGCAGGGACACUUAUCGGAACCGGAAAGCGAACCGGAAGAGGAGUUCCUCGAGCCGGAACGUACAACGACCGUCGAUGAGUUGCACCGCAGCGAACACCACAAGAAGACGUUCGAGGAACACGAGAGGAGGUUCCGCGAAGAGCUGGAGGUUGUUCACCGGCCCGCCGAACCGCACGACGCGCCCGCGCCGCACAAGCAGCCCUUCCCACAGACAGCGACGCUCGCUCCCGCCCCGACUCCGCUCGCCGCGCGAGAGGAGGAGCCCGGGGUUCUCCACCGCGCGCCGGAGAAGCAGCGGCAGCAGCUGCCGCAGGCGGGCAUCAUGGGGAAGACGAAGGUUCCCUCACAGGGACAUCUCUCGGAACCGGAGAGCGAACCGGAGGAGGAGGACGGGCUCGAGGAGCGGAGGAGGCAGCUCGAGGAGGAACGCACGGUGCUGCAUGAGGAGAUACGCCACACGGAGGAGCGCAGGCGGCUCACCGAGCAGGAGGAGCGGCUCGUCGUCACGGUGACGGAGGAGCCGGAGGAGGCGAGGGUUCGCGGCGCGCCAAGGCAGGAGACGACACUCGUCGUGAAGCCCAUCCAGGAGGUGCAGCGAGAGCCGCAUCCCGAGCCGCAGCCGGCACCGCAGCGCUAUAUGCAGCAGCUUCCGCAGGCCGGCGUCAUGACGACGACGAAGACGCCGGAACGCGGCGUGACAACUGAACCGGAACUGGAGCCGGAACCGGAAUCGGACCAGUUCGAGGAGUACAUGGCCGACGUGAUCUUCUCAGGCGAGCCGUCCGACACAGAGGAGGUGCGCCACGUGGAGGAACACAAGGUCUUCACGGAGACGCGCGACGUUCGCAUGAGCGAGAUAUACGAUACAGUGGAGGCCGUCAGAGAUCAACCGGCGCCGCAGGAGCACGUUACUCAGCUCCCCCAGUCCGGCGUCCUCAAACGGGGCCAGCAGCCCCAGCAGGUCGAGCUGCAGCCAGUAGGGGAGCAUCAGCCGGCGCCGCAGAGCCGGCAACAGCAGCUGCCGCAGGCUGGCAUCAUGGCAAAGACCCAGGUGCCACAGAUUGGCCACCUAUCUGAGCCGGAAAGCGAACUGGAGGACAUCGAAGAGAUAUACAGGACAGAGCACCACAAGAAGACGUUGGAGGAACACGAGCGGAGGAUCAGGGAAGAGUACGAGGAAGUGCUGAAGCCGGCGCCGGAGCCUCUCCCCGAGCCGCAGGAAGCUCCCAUCCGCAGGCAGCCUCUCCCUCAGGCCGCCGUCGUCGCGCACGCGCAGCCCGUCUCCGAGCCGGAGGUGCUCGCCCCGGGCGAGCUGCAGCCGGCGCCGCAGACCUACAUGCAGCAGCUGCCUCGCGCCGGAUUCGUCAGCCAGACGAAGACGCCAGAGAGGGGCUACCUCUCCGAGCCGGAGAGCGAGCCGGAGGACGAACUCACGGAGGAGGUGUACCGCAGCGAGCACCACAAGCUGACGACGGAGGAGCAUGAGAGGAGGGUCAGGGAAGAGCACGAGGAAGUGCACAAGCCCGUGCCGAUGGCGCCCCCUCUCGAGCGGCGCCGCUCGCUGCCGCAGGUCGCCGUCGUGCAGCGCGCUGAGCCGGAGAAGGCUGAGGUGGAGCCGCAGCCGGAGGCUCUCGCGCCACCACAGCGCCAGCGACACCCGCUGCCUCAGGCCGGCAUCGUCACGAAGACGCAGAUGCCGCAGCACGGCCAUCUCGCCGAACCAGAGCCGGAGUCCGAACCGGAACCGGAGUACGUCGUCGAGCCGGUGACGGAGACGAGGAGGUACUUCGAGGACGUGCGCACGGAGGAGGAGCACAGGAGAGUGACGGAGGAGAUCGAUGUCAAGGUCACGAAGGUCGUCGAGGAGCCGCCGGCGCCCGUGUCUAUCAAGCCAGCACCGGAGGUGCCGACAAUAAUCGCUGUGGUUGAGAUUCCGCGAGCGCCGUCGCCUGGAGAACACCACCUCCCACCACAGAAACAAGUGCAUCAGCUUCCGCAAGCAGGGUUUAUGUCAAAGACGCAGACCUUUCAGCGCAGCGAAUGGGGGGAAACGGAACCAGAGCCAGAGCCCGAGCCGGAGUACAUCAUUGAGGUGGCCCCGCCCAAGCCUCCGUCCGUUACCAAAAGGAUCUUCGAAGAUAUCAGGACGGAAGAGGAACAUAAGAAGUUCACGGAAGAACAUGAUAUAAGAGUGAGACAGGUCGUGGAAGAACCGGAACCUCUUGCCUUGCCACCGGUCCAGGUUGCGCCAGCCCCAGAGCCAGUGCGUGCACCUUCACCUGGUGAACAUCACCCAGCACCACAGAAACAAGUACACCAGCUUCCACAAGCUGGCUUCAUGUCAAAGACUCAGACUCCACAGAGAAGUCAAUGGAAGAGCCUGAACCAGAGCUGAACCUGAACAGAACCCGAAACCAUUGGUGUUAGAAAUUGCAGAACGCCCUCAGCCACCGAACCGGGAACCUGUUCAACAGGUCAGAAGGAUCUUUGAAGAUAUCAGUACGGAAGAGGAACACAAGAAGUUCACGGAGGAACACGAUGUGAGAGUGAGACAGGUAGUGGAAGAGGCGGAACCUCUUGCCCUGCCACCGUGUCCACGGUUGCGCGCCAGUCCAGAGCCAGUGCCGUGCACCUUCACCUGGUGAACAUCACCAGCCGCAAGCAGAAACAAGGUCACACGAGCUUCCACAAGCUGGCUUCAUGCAAAGACUCAAACACCUCAGAGAAGUCAGUGGGAAGAGCUGAACCAGAGCCUGAAACCUGAACCAGAACCCGAACCAUUGGUAUUGGAGAUUGCUGAGAGGCCUCAACCACGACCAGAGCCCGUUCAACAGGUGAGAAGGAUCUUUGAAGAUAUCAGGACAGAAGAGGAACACAAGAAGUUCACAGAGA